AACUAUGGUGCCUUUCUGGAGAAGGAUGGGGCAGGUUUCAGGGGUCAAAUAAUUCUUAAAGGGUUUAAAAAUGGAGAUCGUAAGCUCACAGAAACCAUGUGGACCUACCAGGUAGGGCUUAAGGGAGAGUCCUUAAAAAUAUACUCCAUUGAUGAAAAUGAAAGUACAGAGUGGACUGAUUUGCCAACUGAUGCAACUGUGACGAGAUUUUCCUGGUACAAGACAUAUUUUGAUGCCCCUGGUGGAUUAGAUCCCGUUGCCCUUGAUUUGAGCAGUAUGGGAAAAGGCCAGGUGUGGGUAAAUGGCCACCACAUCGGACGGUAUUGGACUUUAGAUGCCCCUAAAGAUGGAUGUCAGACUUGUGAUUAUCGCGGAGCUUAUGAUUCUGAUAAGUGUGUAACAAACUGUGGGCGUCCUACUCAAUCUUGGUACCAUAUCCCAAGAUCAUGGUUACAAGCAUCGGAUAAUCUGCUUGUUGUGUUUGAGGAGACAGAAAAAACCCCAUUGGAGAUCUCCAUCAAAUCACAUUACACAGAAACCAUUUGCGCUGAAGUAUCAGAGAAUUAUUAUCCUCCCCUGCAUGCCUGGUCGCUACCAAAGACCAGCAAUGGAACAAUUUCACUGAAUCACACUGUACCUGAAAUACACUUGAGGUGUGAUGCCGGAAACACAAUCUCCUCUGUUAAGUUUGCAAGCUAUGGAACUCCACAAGGCAGCUGCCAGAAUUUUUCAAGAGGCAAUUGCCACUCACCCAAUUCAUUUUCUGUGGUCUCUCAGGCUUGUAUGGGAAGACAAAGUUGUUCCAUCAGUAUAUCUAAUGCUGUAUUUGGAGGAGACCCGUGUCAUGGUGUUGUUAAGACUUUAUCCGUUGAAAUGAGAUGCUCGUCAUCGUCGUCCACCAGCUCGUCACUAAUGCUAUGAUGGCUAGCUCAAAACGUGUUUUAACCUGAUGGCUUAGCAUUGCUGUAGUGCUUCCACCAUAUUUCCUGGCGGCUACGACAUAUUCUUUAACUGUGUACAGUGACAAGAUGAAUAUUAUCUAAUAAAGGCAAAUACUGCCGAGACAAUGGUCCAGUGGUUAUGUGAAUAUUACCAACUGAAACUUCACUUAAAUCUCUUCUUCAUAUUAUCUACUCUGUGUAGUUUAACCUCAAGAUUUAAACUUAGGGUAAAUUAUAAUUAUCUUUGUUA